AUGGAUAAGACGACCACUUCGUUGCCCAUAAGGCUUCAGCCAUCUAAUCUUCGACCCAUAGCAUAUCGUAUCUUAUCAAAAAAGCAUGGACUAAAUCUUAAGACGGAUGCUUUAAACAUUUUAACAGAAACCAUUGGAGAUCAGUUUGGAUCUGAAUGGAAGGGACCUCAAAGUCAACAGCUUAUGGAAGAAAUUGUGAAAAUUUGGAAAAAAGAAGAUAGGGGUAUAUUUAUUGAUGGAAAAGGAUUAUCACUAGUUAUUAAGGAAGUUUUGGGCAAGAGUAAUGGAACUCUGGAAGCAAAAGCAGCGAGGUCUGAUACCGUAGUUGACAGCAUGGAGAUCGAUGGAACUGAAAACAUCGAUUGGCAUGACUAUUAUAGAGUAAUAAUUCCUCCUGAACAACCAAGCUUCGUAUUCGAUAAAUCAAGGAAGCAGUUCAAACUUGUUCUUAACGACAACAAAAUAUCUGCAAAUUUAUCAUCAUCUAUAAAAUUUUACAGCAACAGAUACAAUCUAAUUUUGGACAGGUGUUCCAGGAAUGAAAGCUUCCAAAAGCCAUCCUUUGCAAGUAUCUCUGCUCUUAAUACCUCUUUGAAUAAAGAAGGGACUAGUAGUGAGAUAACACUCAUCAAAAACAUGCUAGGGCGAGACGGGUCAAAGUUCAUUUUGCUUGGUUUAUUGUCUAAAAAUAAUAAUGAUGACUUUAUAAUUGAAGAUCAAACUGACUACAUUGAGCUCAAUUUAUCUCAAGCCUUCAAGACACAAGGCUCAUUCUACUGUACGGGGAUGUUUGUAGUAGUUGAAGGAAUAUAUUCUGCAUCGGGUGGUACUCCACUGUCCAUAAGCUACCUUGGUGGAUGCUUUCAUGUCAGCAAUAUCACUCAACCUCCUGCUGAAAGAAGAGACAUAAGUUUGGAAAACUAUGGCAAUAUUGACUUUCUUGGUAUCAGUCAAGAAUUAAAAAGCUCAGACUCCUAUGCAUUAAAUUCUAUCACGAAAAUAAACAAAAGCUUUAAAAAGAAGCUAGUGAGCCUAGAAAAAACCCUCAUAGAGAACAAAAUCAUUAUGGUGGGCUCAGACUGCUUUCUCGAUAAUAAUAAAGUCCUAGAAGGACUUAAUAAACUAUUCCUGAAAUUGGAGGCUUCUUUAGAAGAUCAAAAUGACAACUUUCUAGCAAUAGUAUUUACAGGGUCAUUCACAUCCACUCCUUUAAGUUCGACGAACUCAAUACUGUCAGACGUGUCAAAUUCUGAGAUUUACAAAGAUAAUUUUGAUAAUUUGGCCAAAAUUCUAGCAGGAUAUUCAAAUUUAGUAAGAUCUACCAAAUUCAUAUUCAUACCAGGGAAAAAUGAUCCAUGGCAAUCCACAUGCUCUUUGGGUGGCUCGAAUUUAGAUUUGCUUCCUCAAAAAUCGAUCCCUAAAUUCUUUAUGUCACGAUUGGAAAGGUUAAUACCAAAAGGAAACUUAAUACUUGGCUGGAAUCCCACAAGAAUAAACUAUUUGACUCAAGAAAUAGUUUUCUUUAAGGAUGACUUAGUGAACAAAUUGAAACGUAAUGAUAUCAUAUUUCCAAGCGAAAUUGAACUUGAGAAUGAAAGACUCGACAAAGACCAAGAAAGCUGCAUCCCAGAAAAUAUCAAUACGUCUGAAAAGCAUUUACCUACAAAGAUAAGACAAGCCAGGAAAUUAGUAAAAACGAUAUUAGAUCAAGGAACACUUCUGCCUUUUCUUAAGGAUUUAAAGGUCAUAAAUCCCAGGUUUGACUAUUCAUUAAGAAUCGAGCCUUUACCUACUAUAAUUGUGUUGAACGAUUCGAGUUUUGAGAAUUUUGAGGUCACUUAUAACGGGUGCAAGGUUAUCAAUGUCACUAGCAUUCUAAAUGGCCCUAGGUUGCUCAACUACGUCACCUAUACUCCAAGCUCGAAAAAAUUCGAUUUUGAAGAGGUAUUCUUCUAA